GUUCAAUCAGUACAGACGUUCCUCUCUCUACCAGUUGAGAAAUUCACUAACUAAAACACUAUCCAUGCGCUAGAAGCAAUAAGGCCUACACCAGCUUAAUGCUGUACCAAGAAAGUAAACCAUACCCUGCCCCGGAGAUAUGUGACCAGGAAAAGGGACAACUUCAACUGCAGAAAAGUGAAGAGUCGGACCAGCGUGAACCCACCAACAAACAAAUUAAUGCAGAGCUGAGCAGCUUCGUGCAGAAGAAAUCGUUCGCCCAGAACAUGAUGGACAUUGCCCUGCUGUCGGCAAACACGAAUCAGCUGCGGUACGUAAUCGAUCUGGGGGACAAGCAUCCGUACUACAUGACCAGUCUGAUGCUGAUCAUCGUCAGUCUCGUGAUGCAGGUAGUCGUUGGCCUAUCGAUGCUGUACGUGAAUAGAUACAACAUGAAGAACAGAAGUGAGAUAAAGGCAGCCUCGCACAUGAACAAUCUUUCCGUGGCGGGUGUGUUUAUGGUAACGCUGGUCAACGUGUUCAUAUCCACCUUCAACGGUGCAGGAGCGGGUACACCUCCCAUACCGGAAACUGGCGGCGUGGUAGUUAAUGUUACAAACCCUUCGACAGCAUACGCGAUACCAUGAGCAGUAAAGCAACUUUAGCAAAUCAGUUGCGCAUACUUUAGGAAACGGAUUUUUUCCAAGGCAAUGCUAUGACACGAAUUGUUAAGAUAAGUUUUUGAAAUGUUACCUAAUUUUCAAGGAAUUUUCAAGGAGCUAGAUAUACGUUACAAUCAGUUCAUCGCGUUUCUCGGAAUAAUUAGAGCAGAUACAUUUUUUAUCUGCGAAGUAAGCAAAGUAGAUAUAGGCAUGGGUCCAAAAGUCUCUUACCUCUUACCGGUGAGGUGCGGCACGGUCUAAUAGAUUAAGGAGAUUAGUGAGAAACUGACACGGAAUGGAAUUUCGGCUUGCAGUGAUAAGGCGACGGUGUCUUAAUCGUCAGACAUUUUUUAUCAGUGUCACUGUUGCAUAGGAGAUUGAGGGACAUUAAAAAAACAUCGCAUACGCAAUCGUCCUAAGAUUUGAGGAUCACCGGUAGAUCACUGGCCGGCAAAACGGCACAGUUAUUGACAUGAAGUGGUUGUAAUUAUUCAACAAUUUGUUGACUUCAAAAAACUCAAAAAGACCGAAUAAACUCGUAUGUUGUGGUUUAAAGUUGACGUAGA